GCCCCGGACACCGCGUCGGGCUCUCCCGGAGGGGCCGCGGCGUUGCCCCUCGGCCCGGGCGAUGGCGUCGGAAGAGGCGGCCAUGGCCGAGGCGAAGCCCCCCGCCGAUGCGGCCCCCCCCGGCGCCGCCGCCCCCAGCGACCCUCCCUCUCUCUCCCUGUCCGCAAAAGCAGCUGCCUCCCCCUGGACGCCGCCCAGCCCAGCCGGCCAAGGGAGUGCCUGGAAGGUGGACUGGGGAGGAAUCCCAAAGACCCGGACUCCCCCUCCUCCCCCUCCUCCUCGCCGGUUCCCGACCAUCGCAGCCCCGCGGAAGAGCCUGCCUCGCCUGAGGCCGCCGACUUGCCCCCGGCCAGCCCCCGCAGCGAGGAGGCGCCCUCCGUGCCUGAGCCGGCCUCCCCGCCGCCUGGGGAAAGCCCGCCAAGGGCGGCCCCGCUGCUUCUGCAGACCGAGGCCCUCCGCUGCUCCAAGGCUGAGCUGGGGGCGCUGCUCCUGCAGCACAGCAGACGGCGGCAGAACGGGUGCCCGGACUUGGAAGACGAGCCUCUGGCAGCCUCUCUGGGCCAGGAAGAGGAUGGGGCUGCAAAGCCCUCCCAGAACAUGGCCGUCCAGACUGAUUUCAGGACGGCUGACUUGGCAGCCAGCACUGACCUGGACAUGGAGAAGAACUUGGACAAGAUGAUGUCCGAGAGAGCUUCGUUGAAGGAGCGAUACCAAGAGGUCCUGGACAAGCAGAGGCAGGUGGAGAACCAGCUGCAGGUGCAGCUCCAGCAUCUGCAACAGCGCAGGGAGGAAGAGAUGAAGAAUCACCAGGAGAUCUUGAAGGCCAUCCAGGACGUGACCGUUAAGCGGAAAGAAACCAGGAAGAAGAUGGAGAAGGAAAAGAAGGAGUUUUUGCAGAAGGAGCAGGACCUGAAGGCAGAAAUUGAGAAGCUCUGUGAGAAAGGCCGGAGGCUGCUGAAGGAGCAAGAGGAGAAGGAGAGCAAGAUCGCCUCGCUGAUGGCUGAGCAGGCAGAGGAGAAGGAAGCCUGGGAGGUGGAGCUGGGCAAGCUGAAGAACCAGCAGGGCGACAUCAGCCAGUCAAUCCUGGAGGAGACGGAGAGGGCCUGGAAAGCAGAGAUCCUGUCUCUGGAGAGCCGGAAGGAGCUGCUGGUGCUGAAGCUGGAAGAGGCCGAGAAAGAAGCGGAGCUGCACCUCACCUACCUCAAGUCAGCCCCCCCGACGCUGGAGACCCUCCGGCCAAAGCAGGAGUGGGAGGCCAGGCUGAACAAAAUUCGGAUGACCAAGGAGAGCGUCCGGGACAAGUUCAACGACCACAUCCAGCUGGUACGGAAUGGGGCCAAGUUGAGCAGUCUCCCACAGAUCCCCACCCCCCCUCUGCCCCCGCCCCCGUUGGAGACAGACUUCCUGCUGCCUCCUUUCCAGGCCAGCUCCUCGCUCGCCCCCCAGGUGCCCUUCCCCAUGGGGUCCAUUUCCAUGCCCCCGAUGGUCAUGCCCAGCGCUGACCCACGGGUGCUCUCCUUCCCCCUGCUGAACCCCAGCCUCAUCGCCAGGCCCAGCCAGCCUUCGCCAACUUUGCCUGCAGCCCAGGAGCGAAGCAGCCCCUGCCUCACUUCCCUGGUCAGUUCCCCUGGGGCGCCCGGACCCUCGCUGCCUCCCCCCCCAGGCCUGGGGGGAGUCAAGGCCCCGCCCGACUUCCAUAGACCGCCCCCUGUGGACAAGCUGGAGAAGAUCCUGGAGAAGUUGAUGUCGCGCUGUCCUCAAUGUAACAAGGCCCAGCUGACCAAUGUCCUCCAGCAGAUCAAAGCCGCUCGAAGGACCUUGGCGGGACUUACCAUGGAGGAGUUGAGCCAGCUUGUAGCAGCCAAAGUGGCAGAGCAGCAGGAGCGGGUGGCAGCUGUUGGCCCCCAGCCCCAUGGCCGGAUGUGCUCCCCCUUGUUUCCUGGUCCGUUGCCUCAGAUCAGCAACCCUUUGUUCUUGCCACCUGCACAGGUCCCCUAUUCUGGGACGCCCCCCCAGGCACCUGUGGCCUGCAAACUCUGUCUGAUGUGCCAGAAGCUCGUGCCGCCUGGCGACCUCCACCCCAUGGCCUGUUCACACGUGCUGCACAAGGAGUGCAUCAAGUUCUGGGCUCAGACGAACACGAACGACGCCUGCCCCUUCUGCCCCGCCCUGAAAUGACCCCGACUGGAGAGAGCAGGCGGAGGCGCUUUGCGCCCGGCCUUCCGACGGCUCUGUAUUUAUAUGGCCAUGUAUACACCUGUACAUUUUUAUUCUAUAGGGAAUGUGUGUAUAGAAAGUUCACAUCCAUCCCCGUUCAUAAUAAAAUGUGUAUAUUA